AUGUCAUUAGUUGAAUUGAUCAAGUUCUUGAUUUGCUUUAGAGGCGAUUGUGGCAUGUUCGUGUUGAAGUACAUUGAGCUUUUGAGCGCUGAGAUUCCAUUAGCUACUUGCACCUCACAGAACAUGCCCUUUUUUCGGUUGAAGUUGGCUGCAGAGAUAUUAUGGGGAGAUGCUUACAUGGCAUGA